AUGGAGGUACGUGAUUUAGGAUAUCAGUGUUCUGAUGGAAUUGAGGAGAAAAGAUUUUUUUAUCAUACCAAAUAUAAGAUAUGUAGCCCAUUUACAUAUAAAGGUUGUGGUGGUAAUAAAAAUAAUUUCAAAUCAGCUGAUGAAUGUAAAGAAACUUGUUCUACUAUCAAAACAUCUAACAUUACACUAGAAUUAGCUAUUAAAUGCAAUGGUACAUAUACACCAAAUUUAAAAAAUGAUAUUAAAUCAUGCUCCUUAAAAAAUGAUAAUUCAUGUUCUAGUGGUUUUAUUUGUCAAAAUGAUAUCUGUUGUCCUAGUAAAGAUUACAUUUGUUCAAUGGAAUGGGAUAGUGGAAAAGAAUACAAUGAACUUAAACAUAUUGGAAGAUAUGCUUUCAAAAAAGAAUUUGGUCAUUGUGUAAGAUUUUCAUAUUUUCGAAAUGAUGGAAAUCUAAAUAAUUUUCUUACAUACAAAGAUUCCUAUUCACAUCUUCAUAGAACUUCUAGAAAUGAAGUUAUGAUAAGAAAUAUGAUAAAAAAAAUGUUUCAGGAAUUUAGUGAUAACUCAAGUAAAUGA